AUGCGCGAUCUUCGUAGACAGGCGCUCGAGAGCCACAAGACAGUUUCUCGCAAGGCGCGCUCACGCAUUGUCUCAACUGCGGCCUCCAAGUCCAACUCAGCGGCAGCGUCACCUGCUCAGUCGCGCGCAGCCAGCCGUACGCGGCCAGUCUCGGAUGACGACGAAGAAUAUCACAGCGAUGGUACUGCUAUGAGUACAAACUCGAUCGACGACGUGAUCAACGGCGAGGAUGUCGAUAUCCCAGAAGGGGCAUGGAAGGCUGAGCUCAAUACGCGCAUCGAGCAGAUCACCAAUCUCAAGCGCAGCAGCACCGAGGGUCGCGCAGAGAGCCUGAAUGCAUAUACGCAUAUCCUCAUGGCACGAUAUGCGAAAGACGAGAUCGAGGUGCAUAUCACACUUGGAGUGACUAUCCUCACACUGGACUCGGCUGAUAUCUACGACGAUAUCGCCGAUCAGCUCAAGCGAUCAAUACAAUCCUCUACAUCUGUUGAGGUCAAGGCCAAUGCGAUUUACACGCUUGGCCUCGCCGCUUCCUUCGCCGGGGCAGGUGACGACGAGAUUCUGGACAUUAUGAACUUUUUCCUAGAAAUCGUUGAAUCAGAUGGCGCAUCCGUAGAUGCGCAAGAUGAUAGUGAUGUAGUCAUCGCAGCUCUAGAGCAGUGGGGUCUCCUCGCUACCCAAAUCGAAGACUUGGAGGACGAGACGGAGGCUGCUGUCGAGGCGUUCGUCGAACAACUCGAGAGUGCAGACUCGGGAGUCCAAGUCGCCGCUGGCGAGAACAUUGCUCUCCUGUACGAGAAGUCUUAUACAGCAGUAGAAGCCGACGAUGAAGAGCCAUCAGACGCCGAUGAUUCUGACGAUCCCGAAGUCGUCAAAGAUGACAUACGCAUGGUCAAGCGCUACCAAGUGUACCGAAGGCAAGACCAACUUCUCCACACUCUCGACGGGCUCGCCAGCGUCUCUACGCGGCGCAUUUCGAAGAAGGACCGCAAGACGCUUCAUUCUUCGUUUGUCGAUGUCCGUAAUUCAGUCGAGCGACCGACACGUGGACCUGGCUAUUCUACCACAUUGGACAAAGAGACGGGCAAGGCUAAAGGCGCGGGCACUAUUGAAGUCAGAAUCAACAGCGGUGUCGUGGUCCGUAUCGACAAGUGGUGGAAGUUGCUUCGUAUGAAUGCCCUGAGGAGGACGCUUCAAGGUGGCUUCACAUAUCACUAUGAUCAGAAUGAGACGGUAUCAUCGGUUCUACCUUUCACAAUGUCUAGACGGGUCAAGACAACGAAAUAA